AUGCAGGGAGAAUGCCUCCUUAGCCUGACAUCAAAGUCCUAUGAGAGGUCCCCCAUGUUAGAAGUGAAGCAGAACGUAGAGCUGAAGAGACCCCUGGUUAAGGCUUCUUCCCGGCUUCCUCUCUCAGGAAGCAGACUCAAAAGGAGACCUGACCAGAUGGAGGAUGCCUUGGAGCCUGCGAAGAAGCGGACACGAGGCCUGGCUGCACCGACCGAAAUUGCCGCAUCCCACCCCAGAGCACCACCCCUCACCACGGUGCCACAGACCACAGCUCAAAAAGUUUCCAAGAAGACAGGGCCUCGGUGUUCCACAGCUGUUGCCACAGUGGUGAAGAACCAGAAGCCAGUCCCUGCUGUUGCUGUCCAGAAGCCUGGCGCAUCAGCUGUUCCUCCCAUGAUGGGAGGGAAGAAACCCAGCAAACGUCCGUCCUGGGACUUAAAGGGUCAGUUAUGUGACCUAAAUGCAGAGCUGAAAUGCUGUCGUGAGAGGACUCAAACACUGGCCCAGGAGAACCAGCAGCUGCGGCACCAGCUCACAGAUGCCCAACAAGAGGCCAAGACCCUGGGGAUAGAGUGUGGGACACUGGAAGGGGAGUUGGCCAGGGUACGGGCCCGGGCUGAGCAGGGCCAGCAGGAGCUGAAGAACCUCAGUGCCCGUGUCCUGGAGCUGGAAGCACAACUGGGCAUGCAGGAGGGCUUGGUUCUGGAGCUCCAGAAAGAACGGUUGGCAUUGCAGGAGAAGCGGAGGCAACUGGCCUCCCGACUGGAGGAGCAAGAGCCUACUCCUGACUAUAUUGCUUUCUGUCACACUUUUCGCUACCCUUGA